GAGUGGGACCUCCUGACAGUUGGACGAUCUUCAGCGUGUCAACAUUACAGAAAUGAGCAGCAGACAGCGUCUAAACACGCUCACUACCGCGUGUGUCAGCGACCUCUUUACGUGAACACCUCGAGGAGCAGCGCAGAUGGCCGGCUGAACCUCAAUUAGCAGCAGCGGCGGCAGCAGGAGGAGGAAUAGGAGGAGUCCUGAAUCUGACAUGCUGAUAGAGGAGUAUCAACCCCACUGAUGGAAAUCCAGAGUAAGAGCUCUUGGGACGAUGGCAGCGGCGGCGAGCGAGGACUGCUCCACUCUUGGAAGGGCUACUCUUACAGCAUCACCCCAGAGAGGCUGCUCCUCCCCCGGCCGGUCCUCCAGGUCGCUCUGGGUUCGCAGCAUGGCGUUCUCCUGGUGGAAGGGGGACAGGUGUACAGCUUCGGCGAGUUGCCGUGGAAGCAGAGUCAAGUGCCAGAGCCAGCCAAACCGACCCUGGAGAGCGCGCUCAGUGGGCAGCGGGUGGUCACAGUCGCAGCCGGAAGCUUUCACAGUGGGGCAGUGACGGAGGAUGGCGGCGUCCACAUGUGGGGGGAGAACAGUGCGGGACAGUGCGGCUUGUCGGGCCUUAGCACUGUUCCCAACCCGACUCCCGUCGCCCUGCAGGACUUGGACACUGUCACUGUCCCCCCGCAGACAGUGCCUGUGCUGGAGCUGGCUUGUGGGGAGAAGCACACCCUGGCUCUGUCGGUGCAGCGUGAGGUGUGGGCAUGGGGCAGCGGUUGCCAGCUGGGCCUCAAUGCCGCCGUCUUCCCUGUGUGGAAGCCUCAGAAGGUGGAGCACCUGGCAGGUCGGUAUGUUUUACAGGUGGCCUGCGGGGCAUCUCACAGCCUCGCUCUGGUGCGCUGCCUGGGGUCUCACGAUGGCCACCGGCCUCAUGUGGACAAAUGUGGGAGGUGUAACGAACUGCUCUACACCAUGACAGACAAAGAGGACCACGUCAUCAUCUCUGACAGCCACUACUGCCCGCUUGGCGUGGAGCUGACCGAGGAUGACGGCAAGCUGGAGGCACCCAACCCAACCACAGGUCUCAAAACAUCCCCAUCAGAGCCUGUCCUCCCCUCCUACACCUCAAAGUCAGAGUCCCCGGCAGUGCCUACAGUUGCUGACCCCACCUCUGUCCCCUCCCAACCUCAUGCCUCUGAGGAAGGGGAAGCAUCUUUGGUUAAUGGCAUGCUCCAGGUCUCAGACUCAGACACCUCGGCUCUAUCUGGAGCUGAGAGUGAUGCUGUUGCCGGGGCCAAGAGCUCACCAUAUCCAGACGAGCAGGCCGUGAAGGACUACCUGAAGAAGCUGUCCGACAACACACAGACGAACACACAGGCAAGCGGAGGGCUGAACGCUCUGCUGCCCUCAACUGGAGGACUGAUGUCCUCCACCCCCACCUCGGCACUCAACAACCUGGUUGCCUCCUGCGCCUCUGCAGUGGGUGGGCGGGUGGCCUCCACCUACGAGGCCCUGUCCCUGAAAAAGAUGAUGAACUUCUACCUCCCCUCAGGGGCCUCGCGGUCAGGAGGAUCCCCUGGAGUGGUCGAUAACUCUGCUGAGCGUGUCCGCCAGGAGGACUCCAUGCAGGGGAAGAAGAGCUCCAGCACAGGGGACAUCCGUGAAGAGGAGGCAGAGGGUCUGCGACGCCGCCUCUCGCUGCCAGGGCUGCUCUCACAGGUGUCACCGCGACUGCUAAGGAAAGCCGGUCGUCCCAAAAUGCGAGCGGUCGCCCUCACCCCGCUGGGGGGGGCCAUCCCCGAGGACCACGAGGUGCUGCCCACCCUGCAGACAGAGGUGUGGAGCUGGGGCCACGGCGAGCAUGGACAGCUGGGACACGGAGACAACCUGGCCAGACUGCAGCCGCUCUGCAUCAAGAGUCUGAACAACAAGGAGGUGGUGCGGGUGGCGGCCGGCGCUCACCAUUCCCUCGCUCUGACGGCUCAGUCUCAGGUGUUUUCAUGGGGCAGUAACAGCUCUGGCCAGCUGGGACACAUGGAGUCACCGAGCACCGUCCCCCGCCUCGCCAAGCUGUCAGAAGGGAUCCGAGUGUGGGACGUGAGCGCGGGAGAGAGGCACACACUCCUGCUCGCAGAUGGAGACUGCAUCCAGCCCAUCAUUUACUACAGCGGGCAGCAGGUGAAGGAGGGCGAGGAGGAGGGGGGUAAUGAGAAGGAGCUGCAUCAGCAGGGAGGAGGAGAGGAGGAAGAGGAGGAGCAGGCGGGGGGCUACACCCAGCAGCCUGUUCUGCUGCCCUUCUGCAUGAAUCUUGGUUAUGUGAGCAGUGUGUUCGCGGGUGGGCGGCGGUGCGUGGCACUCUCUGACAGGAAUGUGAUGGGCUUCAUCGCCAGCCUCCACGAGCUCGCGUCAGCUGAGAGGAGGUUUUACUGCAAGCUGUGUAACAUCAAGUCUCAGAUCUUACGCCCUCUGCUGGAGCUGGAGUCUCUGAGCUCGGCCCUCGGGCAGGUCAUCUUCGGCCUCCUGCAGACACUGGCGAACAUGUUUGGCCGUCUGUGUCACCUGACUGGGCAGCACGCCACCAGCCUCACUGCUAGCCUGCGGCGUUGUCGUGAGGUCAAAAGCCUUCUCAUCUUGGAGCACACCAGUAUUUUCCUCGACUGUUACAACGAUUACUGCAGCGCCGUCGGAAACUUCCAGGUGAUGGGAGGCUUCCAGGCUCUGACCAAACCAUCCAUAGACUUGUUUGGGAAAGGUCCAGAGCUGCUCCAGAAGCUGUCAGAGUGCGGCGAGGAGAACCUCACCACAGCCGACCUCCUGGUGGUGCUCUUCUACCUCCCUGCACGCCACCUUCACGAAUACAGCCGGCUGCUGCUCAAACUGGCCACCUGCUUCGAAGUGGUAGGUGGAAGAAACUCGAGCAGCAGCGCAUGUGACCUCAAAUGUUCGACUGAGUAUCAGAAGCUUCAGGACAGCUGCUCCAAGUUUGAAGCUUCGGUCUUGCAACUGAAGCGAAAAAGGAAAGAGGCCGACUACACUGUUCACUUCUGGAAGAUCUUUCCUGGAAAAAUGACGGACUCUCUGCGGAAGCCUUACCGGCGGCUGAUCUGCGAGAGCAGCAACAAAGGUCUGACCCUGCAGAAUGCUGGCAGGUUCUCCGUCAACUGGUUCAUCCUGUUCAACGAUGUUUUGGUCCACGCACAGGGCGUGGCGCCUUGUAAAAAUCUUUUCUCCACCCAUCACAUCUUCCCUUUGGCCACGCUGUGGGUGGAGCCAAUCCCAGAGGAGGACACGGGCCUGUAUGGGUUAAAGGUGAUCACUCCUGAGGAGACGCUCACCCUGCUCGCCUCGUCUCCCAUGGAGAAGAUCAAGUGGCUUCGCUCCAUCAACCAGGCGGUGGACCAGGCCCUGAGCGGAAAAGGACAGGACGUGGCGUCAGGCAGCUCAGUGCAGAAGUUGGAGCCUCCCAUCUCCAGAACAGCUUCGUACACGUUUUAUAAGGAAGGGCGACUGAAGGAUGCGACAUAUGAGGGUCGCUGGCUGUCUGGAAAGCCCAACGGCAGAGGUGUUUUGAAAUGGUGUGAUGGGAGAAUAUAUACUGGGGCAUUCAAGAAUGGACUAGAAGAUGGCUUUGGUGAGUUUGUGGCCCCCAAUAAGAUGCUGAACAAGAACGACCACUAUCAAGGUUACUGGAAGGAUGGCAAGAUGCACGGCCUGGGGACAUACAGGUAUGCCAGCGGUGAAGUUUAUGACGGGUCCUUUCAGGAGGGCGUGCGGCACGGUCACGGCAUGCUGCGCAGUGGCAAGCUGAACACCUCGUCCCCCAGCGUCUUCAUUGGUCAGUGGCUGCAGGACAAGAAGACCGGCUAUGGAGUCUUUGACGAUAUCACCAAAGGAGAGAAGUACAUGGGCAUGUGGCAGGACCACCAGCGGCAGGGCACCGGAGUGGUGGUCACCCAGUUUGGCCUGUACUAUGAAGGAGCUUUUAAAGACAACAAGAUGAUGGGCACUGGUGUCCUUCUGUCAGAGGACGACACGACGUACGAGGGCGAAUUCUCAGACGACUGGACCCUCAGUGGAAAGGGCGUGCUGACCAUGCCCAAUGGUGACUACCUGGAGGGCUCCUUCAAUGGCGAAUGGGGCUCUGGUCUCAAAGUGACGGGCUCCUACUUUAAACCACACCUGUUCGACACCGACAAGGACAAGACCCAAGCCAUGAAGCUGGGUCAUCUGUGUGUGUGUGCCGAGGAUAAGUGGCCGGCGGUUUUCGAGGAGUGUUGGAGUCAGCUGGGCUGUGAGGCUCCGGGCCGAGGGGAGCCCGAAAAGGCCUGGGAGAACAUUGCUGUGGCCCUCACCACCAGCCGGCGACACAUCCUGGACAGUCCGGAUGUUUUGUCUCGAUCUCACAACAAAACGCUGGAGAGUCUGGAAGUUAUCCCGCAGCACGUAGGGCCGAUCACCAUGGACAGAUACAACGCCAUCCGCCUCUACCUAAUCAAGGCGUGUGACACUCCGCUGCACCCUCUGGGUCAGCUGCUGGAGACCCUGGUGGCGGUCUACAGGAUGACCUACGUGGGUGUUGGCGCCAACCGUCGGCUCCUACAUCAGGCCGUCAGCGAGAUUAAAUCUUACCUCAACCACAUCUUCCUGAUUGUCAGAUUUUUAUUCCCAGACCUGCCAGAAGAGGGCGGUCUAAUCCCAGAGCCGACCACCGACCUGCAGGAGAAGAAUGAGCCCAAUUCUACUGAUGCCCUGCCGGAGUCUCCCAAACCUGCCCGCGUGGUGAGCAGCUCGGCUCUGCUGCUUCCUGUCCUUCUGCCCCGUCUCUACCCGCCGCUCUUCACCCUCUACGCCCUGGACAAGGAGAGAGAGGACGACGUGUACUGGGAGUGCGUCCUGCGCCUCAACAAGCAGCCCGACCUCGCCCUGCUCGCCUUCCUGGGCGUCCAGCAAAAGUUUUGGCCUGUUUCCAUCCCAGCAUCUUUGCCUGCGCCUGGCGAGAAGCAACUGGUCAUCUCCAGCACCAAAGACGCCUGCUUUGCUUCUGCAGUGGAAACACUACAGCAGAUCAGCACAACUUUCACGCCAUCAGACAAGCUGCAGGUGAUCCAGCUCACUUUCGAGGAGAUCACACAGGAGGUCCAGGCGCUUCUGAAGCAGGACUUCCUGUGGUCCAUGGACGACCUCUUCCCUGUCUUCCUCUAUGUAGUACUACGAGCGCGUAUCAGGAACCUCGGUUCUGAGGUCAGUCUGAUCGAAGACCUGAUGGACCCCUGCGUCCAGCACGGAGAACACGGCAUUAUGUUCACCACCCUCAAGGCCUGCUACUACCAGAUCCAGCAUGAGAAGGUCACUUAAGACGAGACUGCUGCUAAGUCCUCGGUGACCUUCAUGCUGCUGAUUUUCCACUCCCCUCCUCUCAGCUCCAGUAGCCGGGCAUGAGGAUGACUGACAGGGAGGAGGAGGGGUCAUAAGAACAGGUCGUCGAAUGCUGCUUGGACACAUCCCGUCACAGACCCUCCCUCCCUGAAACACUCAUCAUCCACAGGUGAUGAAGGUAGAAAUGUCGCCGUGAUGACAGACGCGAGCACAGUCGCACCAUCCAUGUGGGUGGAGUUGGGGAAUAAAGAUGACUGUUAUUAAAUCACCUUUAGCAGGGAGGGAGUGCAAAGUUUGUCUGUGGGAUACCGGACCUCAUUUUUUCUCCUUAAAAUUUUUAAUCUUAAAAAAAAACAAACAGUAAAUCUGGAAACAUGAAUUAUUUUCAGUGAAAGCUACAUGAAGAGGAAGUAACUCUAUAAACUGUGGAUUCAUAAACUUUAUAAUCUGAGAUGGAUGCCUAUGGUUAGUGGCUGUUAGGCACUGCAGGGGGGGAGCCGGUCCUGAAGGAAGGUUUUUGUUUUUUUUUUUGUUUUUUUUUUCUUUUGCAAGUAAAACUGACACUUGUUCAAAGUUUCUUUGGAGAGGAUUUAUCUGGGCAAGCUGACUGCCCAUUUUCAUACUGUAUUUAAAGAAAGAACGUGUUACAGCAUCAGUGAACGGACCUGAAUCUAAACAGUUGCUUAUAAAGAUUUUUUUUUAUUUCUUCAUUUGAAGCGCAAGCUUCAGCCGGAUUGUUGACUUGAAAGCGUACUCACACGUCCUCUGAACAUAACCUCAGACUGUUACAUUUAAAAUGCGUAUCCUUCCUCUGGCCUUUAGUGCAUACAUUAUUAGGUGUCUGUUUUUUGGGGGAUAUCAGCUGUAGAGAUGCUCAACUUGUGGUGCUCAAAGCAGCAAAGCAAAUGCGUUUAAAUAUCUUGUAAGUAAGACUGAAAAACUUUUUGUUUCACCUCAUCUCUCCUCACAUCACUGUCACUCACAACAGCUGCUGACUUGAUGAGGAUUUAGUUGCUUUUCAUGCCAUUUAAAAGUGGUAUCUAAGGUAAAAUCAAAAGCGACUUCACAACCACUUUGGAGUAUUUGGCUCAAUUACAGAAGCACAUUUGCGAUCAUGUGGGUCUUUACCUAUCUGUGAUCUGCAAAUACCUGAACUAAUUUUCUGACAUAGCAUCAAAACAGAUCCUGAAAAGACUUUCUGGAAAAAGCUUAAUUUACUUCCUGCUUCUGCUAACACCAGCAUGUUACUGGUUACAGAGCCGUCACUUUAAUCGUCUACACAGCAGGUUCUGUUACCAUUAACGAGGCUUCAGAAAUGAGGUCUAAUUUUAGAAAUCAUGAUCUGGGUAUUUUAAUAAAAUGGUGGAACUAUUUUCUUUGACCACCUACAGACCAAACAAGCUAACAUUAGAGCUCAGCCAAGCGGCUGCCGUCCAUGUUUGUCCUGUCAUAUGAUACUUAUCGACUUAAAAAAUAAAAUCGAUUUGGAAAUGUACAGGGAUCCAUUUCCAGGUGUACUGGGAGCAGUGGUGGUUGGAAGAACGAACAUAGUUCCUGUAGUCUAGAAAUUGAUGAGUUUUCAAGACUUCUUAAUGCCUUGAGCACCACAAGGUGUACAGUGCCACCUGGUUUGUUUUAUGUUCAUAAGAUUAAAGAUAAGAUUUAUACCUUUAGAGGAAACAAUAAAAAAAAACAACCAGCACUGCAGGCCAGAGGAAAAAUAUGUAUUUAAUGUUUUCUUUUGUUUUUUUUUUUAAGAUGAGCUUUUCAUUAUUCAGUCCACAGAAAUGUCUUUUCAUUGACAGCGUUUUGCAGGAGGUGUCUUUGGUUUGUAUUUCUGAGCCCAGUGUUCGCAGGACAGUCUUACAGCUCUGCAAGGUGGUGGUAGGAAGUGGAAAUUUGGCGCUUUUGGAGAACCUGUGUUGCUCUUUAUUACAGUCUUAUUUAUUAGUCUCACUAAUAAAAAAAUAACAAUUCGAAUCUUUAAUCUUAGGAGUUGAGGACAAGAUGUGGUUUUUUUUUUUUUUAAAUGUUAUUCCCAAAAAAGCUGAAAAUUCCUUCUGCUUUUUAGAGAUAAAAGUUUUGUUUUGUUUUUUUACAGUACAAUGACAGUGACGUUGUACAAUUCACUUAUAUUGUAUUAACGCUACCUGACGGUUUGUUUCCACUCUUUCUUACCACCUGAGCAGCUUUCUCGUUCAUCACUGCUUCAUUUUGAGCAACUAGCCAUCCACUUCCUCGCUCUGUGGUUACACUUUUUAGCUUUAUGCAAAUCAGCAGUGUCUGUAACCUUUCCCUAAUGUGAAGACAUAUUUAGCAUCUCCUUUGUCCAUUUCUUGUUUGAAAUGUUUGCAGAAACUCAUUUUGCUGGAUUGUUUGUAGAAAUCGUCCUUUAGCAGUAUGCAGAGACGUUUGAUUUGUAUGCUGCAGGAAGCUGCAAAUAUCCUGACAGUGUUUCUAUUAAUCAUGUGGAGGCAGGCCACACAGCCAAGGAAGGAAACUAACCACCAGCUAAAGGUCUAAACCUCACUGAUCUGCAAAAUAAUCAAUGCAAGCGGUCCAAUGUGAAUUCUGAUUUAAUCACAAGAAGGACAGAAAUGUGUAUUUUGCCUUUUGCGAGUGAUGUCUGAGCCGAGAAGCAGGCCGCUUUAACGUUGCUGUUAUAGAUAUAAUAGAGUUCAAAGCUUCACACCAUCUGCUAAUGCUGCCCCCCACCCCCAACCAUCAGGCACUGUUGCUUACUUGUGAUCUGCGUCACACAUGCCACUUUAAAAAGGGAUUAAGAGGGGAUUCUUCCUUUUGUUGCUGUUCAUGCCCUGGUCUGAUAGUUUCGACAAUAGAAAUAGCAGCAGAUCAGAGGUAAAGCCGCUGCUCUCGCCCUGCGGGAUAUUCGAAAAUCAAGCAGAAAAUUGUUUGUCAGAGGUUGUAAAAUUUAAACCUGCUCAUGGGAACUUCUUAUACUGUUGAACCUAAACUGAUAUGUGAUGAUGUUGCUGCUUGUAUCUGAGGUGAAGUGUGGUCCUCACACGUGCAGUAAAAAUCAUUUUAUAAUCUUCCGUCUGUGUUCAUGAGCCCAAAUGUGCUCGAUCCUCAUGGAAAUGAAGCAGUAUUGUCUUUUUUUCGAGUUCACCGAGUUCAUCCCUAGAAUGCAUCCUACACACUUUAGCCUUUGGGUUUAACAUUUAUUUGAUGUUUAAGCCAGGCUCUGUUCUUAUUUCACUGACUAGAGAAGGCGCCCUCGGGUGUUCUUCAGCAUCAUCUCUUGUAUAUUUUAUUCAGCUUAAAUUUGAAGGCUGACAUGAUUCACUGCUGCCUAUGAAAACAGUUUUUUCUGACAGUGACGCGGCUGACUUUGAAACCAGAUUACUGAUGUAGUGGUUGUUCACACACUGACUGACUUUAUUUAGUCCAGACUGAGUGGAGUGUUUUUGUGCUAAGUGUAAACUGAAGGAAGCGCUGAUGUUUUAAACCCUGCAGCUGGUUAACCAACUGCACCAACGGCUGUUUUGUCAACGGGCCCACCUGUGUCUUUUGCACAAUGUCAAACGUGUUGUACUUUUAAUUGAUGACAAAGGGCAAUAAAAUCAUUUUGGUGGAAAUCCA